AUGCUUGAGGAACUAGUUGCUGAUGAGAGUGAAGAAUGCACCAAUCCUCUGAUAAAGGCUCCAAAAGAGAAGAGGGCAGAGAGAGUGAACCCCACAGCCCAGUGCACGGAAGCGCUGCUGAAGAUGAUCUACUGUUCCCACUGCCAGGGCCUGGUGUCUGUGAAGCCCUGUUACAACUACUGCUCUAACAUCAUGAGAGGCUGUUUGGCCAACCAAGGAGACCUCAAUUUUGAGUGGAACAAUUUCAUAGACGCUAUGCUGAUGGUGGCAGAGAGGCUGGAGGGCCCCUUCAACAUUGAGUCGGUUAUGGAUCCUAUCGAUGUGAAGAUUUCGGAUGCUAUCAUGAACAUGCAGGAUAACAGCGUCCAAGUGUCUCAGAAAGUUUUCCAAGGCUGUGGGUCUCCGAAGUCUCUCCCGGCUGGCCGAAUUUCUCGGUCCAUCUCUGAAAGUGCCUUCAGCGCUCGAUUCAGGCCUUAUCAUCCAGAACAACGUCCAACCACAGCCGCUGGCACUAGUUUGGACCGACUGGUUACUGAUGUCAAGGAAAAACUGAAACAGGCUAAGAAGUUCUGGUCCUCUCUCCCAACCACUGUUUGCAAUGACGAGAGGAUGGCGGCAGGGAAUGGCAAUGAGGAUGACUGCUGGAAUGGCAAGGGCAAAAGCAGGUACCUGUUUGCAGUGACCGGAAAUGGAUUGGCCAACCAGGGCAACAACCCUGAAGUCCAGGUCGACACCACCAAACAAGACAUGCUGAUCCUUCGUCAAAUCAUGGCCCUUCGGGUUAUGACCAAUAAGAUGAAGAAUGCUUACAACGGCAAUGACGUGGACUUCUUUGAUAUCAGUGAUGAAAGUAGUGGAGAAGGAAGCGGAAGUGGCUGCGAAUAUCAGCAGUGUCCUUCCGAGUUUGAGUACAAUGCCACUGACCAUUCUGGGAAGAGUGCCAAUGAGAAGGCCGACAGUGCCGGCGCCCAUGCUGAGGCAAAGCCCUACCUCCUCACUAUCCUCUGCCUCUUGUUCUUCGCUGUGCAGAGAGAGUGGAGAUAAUUGUCAAACCCUGAGUAAAAGUGUUCAUCAUCAGAGAGUUCAAAGGCACCAGUUCUCACUUUUUUUUUUUUUACCAUCCUAGUGACUUUGCUUUUUAAAUGAAUGGACAGACAGCAACUGUACAGUUUUUACGAUGUGGCCACUGGUUUGAGCAGUGUUGACUU